AUGAUCGGGAUGUUACUUCAUCCAUAUAGUGAUAGCCGCUAUGGGGACGAUCAUUCCCCUGGAGCUCUAUGUAACAGCAUUGAUGUCUCAACCAGCUCUAAAGAUUCCAAAAUCUUCACUCCUUCCACUCAAAAUUAUUUGCUGAAUGAAGGAUCUUCCCCAAGAUCUCACGUAUUUUCAGAUCUACCUGUCAAGGGAAUUGCGAGUCCUGAGGUUGGAGGUAUUAAAGAUGAGAAAUGUUGGCGUUUUGGGAAAUUUAUCAGCACGAAUUACCAAAAUUCCAAAUCCGACGAACAUCAUAAAGCUAAAAAACGAAAGUGUCAAAUCGUGCAAUAUAGACAACACGGGGAAUCGAGAAAGAUAAGCGCAUCAUGCGAGAUAGCGAGAUCCGUAAAGAUUAACCGUCCAGCUAGUCCGCCUGAGUUGAUAACUAUCUCAAAGUUCCGGCCUUAUCACCCAGACCCACAUGGCAAAUCCCGAACAAACGAGACUUCACAAGGAAUUGUAAUAUUGAAUAAACCGCCAUCAGAGUCGAAUUCACCUAAUAUUUCUCCAAGGCGUGGACAUUAUUUCAGUUCCUCUCAUGAUAGUGGAUAUUCGACUCAGGCAUCUAUCCGGCCCCUCGAAGAUUUAUCUCUGUUAUCUGCUGAAGUUUCAGUGACAAGCCCUUCAUCAACCUCUCAGCUACAUCCUUUUUAA